UGCUCCUACACCAUUACCUACCCCAAUGGAAAAGUUAAGUUCCAGCUAGAGUACUUGGAUAUGGAGCCGUAUGGAAAUGGGUUUCUCUGUUCGAAAUACAUACGAUUAUUUGACGGGAAUUCCACUAACUCGCCACGUAUUACCAGCAUCUGCAAUGCACCGCCCGCUCAGGGUUAUACCUCCACUGGUCCAUCCAUAUCAGCAAAGUUCUUUGGUGACUCUACAUUGAGCAAGAUAGGAUUUUUUGCCAGACUGAAACCCGUGUUCGUACCAACAACACCACCGCCAUCAACAACAACAUCAACAACAACAUCAACAACAACAUCAACAACAACAUCAACAACAACAGAACCGACAACAACAGAACCGACAACGACAACAACAGCACUGACAACAACAUCGACAACAGAACCGACAACAGACUCGACAAUAAAUCCGACAAUAGAACCGACAAUAAAUCCGACAAUAGAACCGACAACAGAACCAACAAUGACAACAACCAAACAACAUCCCAAACCAUGCAUCUAUAAAGCUGUGUUCAAGAAAAACACCUGGAAGAAACCCUUUAGAGCAUGGCUCAACCAAUUAAGAGGACGCAGAACACAUAAGAUUCCCCGGAUGUCGCAUUACCCCAGUCACGGUCUGUGGCACAAUCACAAGAGACUUCAGGACAAAUGAAAA